UACAGCUCUUCAAAUUGACUGUCAAGAUGCGUGAAGAAACUGGAAACUCACCAGUGCAGGGAAAAACCUCCUUUUCCAUCGCAGACAUUCUGGAUCCCUCAAAAUUCACCGGGAAACAUCCGGAGGUGCAGAGAGACAUCAAAACGCGGGAAAUCUCAAGUCAACUUGCAAAUAAAGACAAUGCCAAGACAACUUCAUCCGAAGACCCAGCAGAUUCAGACAUCCCCAGUGCUUCCGGCACGAAAGGGAAAGCGAAGCGAAUCCGUACCGCGUUCACACUGGAUCAGCUGCGCAUCCUGGAGCGAAGCUUCCAGAACAGCCACUAUCUGUCGGUGUUUGAGCGCCACUGCAUCGCCACAGCCCUCCGUCUGUCUGAAACACAGGUCAAGAUCUGGUUUCAGAACCGACGCACCAAAUGGAAAAAGGAACAAGAAGGUCAUGGAGGAGAGGAGCAGAGCCACUGCGCAAUUCCGACAUUUGUGCAAAAUCAGUUUACGUGUGCGCUGCCUGGACAUCACGCAAACCCUGUGCAUUAUUACCCACAACAAACAGCGUACCUGAACACACCUUACCAUCACCACACCCUCAUGAUGUUCUGA